AUGCUCGUUGCUCCUCUCGUCCGCUCGGGACGUCUCGCUUCCCGUGCGCUUCGCACCGCUGCUUGUUGCAGCAACAACACUAAUCGUCGCAGCUUGCACACCUGCCCACCAACACCCGAGGUCCUCUCCCAAGGCUGCGCUCCCUUCCUCUCCGGUUCGACAGUCAGGCAAAUCUCGCAAGGAUGGCAAGGUGGUCUGCUCAACCUUCUCAACCAACAAGUUCGUGAUACCGAAUUCGCCUCUUCCUCCAUUGUAGAAACCGUCAUCGGUCUCUCUCAGAACCGAGAAAAGGUCCUCGCCUUCAACUACGCUUCCCAGGCGCUCAACAACGCCUUCUUCCUCUCCACAUUGACGCCUCAGGAUCGAUUGCGUAACUCUACACCGCUUCCCAGGCUUGCCACUGCCAUCUCGAAAAGCUUCAACAGUUUCCCCGAAAUGUGUCUCGCUUUCUCGUCUGCAGCUUACGCUAUGGCCGCAAGCGGUUGGGUCUGGUUGGUCACCGAUCAACACAAGAACUUGGGUGUUGUUCCCACUUUCGGCUCUGGCACCGUCAUCGUUCAGAACCGCAUGCAGCAAGGAAAGGACUUCCUCCUUCCCAGCAUCAACGAUCAGUCAACCGGAUCAACAGAUGCAGCUACCAACGCUUCAGCAACAUCGUCCGAACGCCCAUCUCGUCCCGCUGAAUCGCUCUUUGGUGGCCUUGGCAUCUCGGAUAAGGUCGGCAAAGAGCUCUACCCUUUGCUCAACAUCAGCGUCCACGAGCACGCCUGGCUCAACGAUUACGGUAUCAUGGGUAAGGAGGAAUACUUGACCCGUUUCUGGAACUGCGUCAACUGGGAUAAGGUCGAGCAACGUUUCGAUUCCUACUGCCCUCCACCCGCGCGAUACAUGUAG